GUCACCUUGCACGUCAAUGGAGCACCCCGAUGGCUCGAUGCGUGUAUAUAUAGUAGCGCUGCGCCCGUGAGGCCGUGACAGCUCACUCCACCCCCCACGUUCCCUCUACGCCUGAUGAUGGGAGGAGGGACGCUGAUGAUGGACCACGGCAUGGCGGCUGGUGGCAAGGCCCUGUACGGCGAGUGCUUCUUUGGAGAGGAAGACCUCGUCAACCCGGGGCCGGCGCCGGCGAACGAGGAGAUGACGACGAUGAACUUCCCCUUGGACGAGAUGAUGAUGAGCGACGACGACGUCGACGGCAUCGAAGAGCUGGAGCGCCGCAUGUGGCGCGACCGCGUACGGCUCAGGCGCCUCAAGGAGGAGCAGCAGCAGAAGAGCGGCCGCCCUUCCGCCGGCUCCGGCGCCAAGCAGGAGGCCAGCAGCAGCAGGCAGCGGCAGUCGCAGGAGCAGGCGCGCCGCAAGAAGAUGUCGCGCGCGCAGGGCGGGAUCCUCAAGUACAUGCUCAAGAUGAUGGAGGCCUGCAACGCGCAGGGCUUCGUGUACGGCAUCAUCCCGGAGAACGGCAAGCCCGUCACCGGCGCCUCCGACAAUCUCCGCGCCUGGUGGAAGGAGAAGGUCCGCUUCGACCGCAACGGGCCCGCCGCCGCCGCCAAGUACCAGGCAGACAACGCCGCCGCGGGAGGCGGAGGCGGCGUGGCGGCCGCCGCGCUGGCGGGCCCGCACUCCCUGCACGUGCUCCAGGACACCACGCUGGGGUCGCUGCUCUCCGCGCUCAUGCAGCACUGCGACCCGCCGCAGCGCCGGUUCCCGCUCGAGAGGGGCGUGCCGCCGCCGUGGUGGCCUCAGGCCGCCGUGCCGGGGGACCUCCUCGGCCCGCCGCCGUACAAGAAGCCGCACGACCUCAAGAAGGCCUGGAAGGUGGCCGUGCUCACGGCCGUCAUCAAGCACAUGUCCCCCGACGUCGACAAGGCGCGGCGCCUCGUCCGACAGUCCAAGUGCCUGCAGGACAAGAUGACGGCCAGGGAGAUCGUCACGUGGCUCGCCGUGCUCAGGCAGGAGGAGGAGCUCUACCUCCAGCUGCACCCCGGCGCCCGCCCGGCGCCGUCCUCCGCCGCCGCCGCCGCCGCGACGACGAUCCCGUUUCGCGCCAGCUCCGGCGAGUACGACGUCGACGGCGAGGACACCGGCAUGAACCACCAGCCACCCUCCAUGGACGAUGCGGGCCACAACAAGUUCGUCAUGGUCGCGCCCGCGGCGCUGAUGAAGGAGGAGGCCACCGACGCCGAGUUCUUCCAGAAGAGGAGCGCCGCGGAUCCGGAGUUGAUGCUGGGCAGCAGCUUCCGCGCCUACACCUGCGGCAACGUGCAGUGCCCGCAGGGGUUCCCGGACCGGAACGCGCGCAACGCGCACCAGCACACGUGCAAGUCCAAUAACAACAGCGUCGGCGCGGCUGUGCCGCCGCAGCUUCGCGCCACUGAGUCCGUCUUCCCGGCGCCGUUCGGUCCGCCCGGCCAGGCGGAGGCGCUCGGCGGCCUGGGCUUCGACCUGCCCGUGGACGGACAGAGGUCGCUCGCGGAGCUGAUGGACAUGUACGAAACAGCCAACGUGGGCGGCGCGCCCAGCAGCCUGGUGGUGAGCAACGUGGACACGGUCGCCCCUGGCGUGCGGGUGUCCGCCCCGUUUCCGACGCCGUGUCUAUUUGGCGACACCGUCCGCAACGUGAUACAGCAGAGCGCGGCGGCGUUCUACGGCCGUGGCGACGACGCGCCGUUCGGAGGCGACGUCGCCGCCGCGUCGCCGGAGCUGAGGUUCGGCUCUGGCCUGAACGUGGCGGGAGGCGGCGCGUUGCAGCCGCAGCCGCACAAGUCCACGGGAUCCUCCAACGCCAAUUGGUUCUACUGACUGACUGCGGCAGAAUCAUGGAUGGAAUGGAGCUUUGUUAGUUUUAGUCAGUCCUGUACUACUUAUUUAAGCUUUGUAAGCCUGCAAAUGUCCAGCCAUAAACCACUUCGUUCUUAAUGGGAACUUCCGUCUUGCUCAACCUAUCUAGCUUAAUCAAACCCUUUCCAGCAGUUUGACUUGAGUACUGCAUAUGACUGCUGAAUGGGAAUUCUCCAUUGGUUGCUUUGCCAAAUUUCCAUGUAACGACGUCUUGUUGAUCAGUUAA